CGCCGUUGCUAACAUUUUCCCAGCAUUCCUUGCGGGCGGUCUUUUCCUCCAUUUUUGAGACAGUAUCAGGUUUAUUUGACCUGGUCAAAGCAUCAUCAUGCCUGGAAGGCUGUGGAGUAAGGCCAUCUUUGCUGGCUACAAGCGUGGUCUGAGGAACCAGCGUGAGCAUACUGCUCUUCUCAAGUUGGAGGGAGUCUAUACCCGGAAUGAGAUUGACUUCUACCUGGGCAAACGAUGCGCCUACGUCUACAAAGCAAAAAAGAUCACUGCAACACCUGGUGGUAAACCUAACAAGACACGCGUCAUCUGGGGUAAAGUCACACGGGCUCAUGGAAACAGUGGAAUGGUUCGUGCCAAGUUCAAGACCAAUCUUCCUGCAAAGGCCAUCGGGCACAGGAUCCGUGUGAUGCUGUACCCGUCUCGUGUGUAACAUGCUUUUGUGUACAGUCAAUAAAAAUUGAUCCCAAA